CCGUCGGCGGGAGGGGACUGUGCCGCUCUCUCUCCUGAUCUUCCCCUUCAUUCGGGGCCAAAUAAGUGUUGUAAAGUUGUUAAAAGAAAGAACAGGAUUUUUACCGAAAAAUGUUUUGUUGAGUACGAAGUUCUAGAGAAUGAUCGUGGUGUGUGGUGUCGAUUUCGCGAUGGAGUAAAAAUUCUAUAGGUGUUUAAGCAGCCCAGCCACGCGGCGUCGGAAAAGUUCUUUUAUUACUCAAUAAAGGAAAAGUGCCGUGGAGAUAUACCAGUGUUAGUGAAUGUUAAAGAGGUGAUUUUAAGAUACAUGAAAGUGGAUUGUACGAAGGAUAACACUUUUCAUCCCUGGAAGAAAGCCCGACGAUGUAUGAUAGGUUAUGGUGUUGAGGUGGUGAUGGCGGGUGUGGUGAGCGCCGGGGGCAGCAGCAGCAAGGGGCGACGCCCCCUGGGUGCCCCCCACGGGACCAGCAGCAGCGGCUCCCCCAGGUCCUGCUCCUUCCCCGUUGGCGGCGGCGGCGGCCUGCCGUCGCGCGCAUUCAUGCGGCCUUCACUGCUCGCGCUCUGUCUACUGACCGCUCUCGCUCUCGCCUCAGCGGAACAAGUGGUUCUCCUGGACACCACGUCGGAAUCCUCCCUGGAAUGGACCAGAUAUCCCUUCGGACCCAAUUCGCCGACUCCAGGGUGGGUUGAGGAGAGCUUCACGCAGUUCGAGAAUGGCAUCAACUGGCGGUCGUACGUGGUGUGCGACGUCGCCUACAACAACGUGAACAACUGGCUGUGGACGCCCUUCAUCGAGCGCGGCCCUGCCAACCGCAUGUACAUCGAGGUCAAGUUCUCCAUGCGGGACUGCUCGCUCUUCCCCGGCACCGCCCUCUCUUGCAAGGAGACGUUUUCGCUCCUGUACUACGAGUUCGAUGCCGCCACGAAGGAGCCGCCCUUCUGGGAGCCCGAGAGCUACAAGCUGAUCGACCGCAUCGCCGCCGACGAGGGCCGAUUCACCAACUCCGCCGACAUCAUCAUCAACGCCGAGGUGCGCUCCAUCCCCGUCACCAAGAAGGGCAUCUACUUCGCCUUCCGGGACCAGGGAGCUUGCAUCUCACUCCUGGCCAUCAAGGUUUACUACAUCACUUGCCCGGAGAUCACCAAGGCCUUCGCCCACUUCCCCACCACGCCCACGGGUGCAGAGGUGACAAGCAUCGAGCAGGCCAAGGGCGUGUGCGUAGCCCAUGCCCGCGAGGACCCCCCUGCCAACUUCCUGUGCACGGGCGACGGCCAGUGGUCCCUCCUGAGCGGCGGCUGCGCCUGCCUGCCCGGCUACCAGGGCAACGUCGAGAAGCAGAGCUGCGACGUAUGUCCUCCUGGCAAGUUCAAGGAUGCUGUGGGUGCAUCUGCAUGCCGUGCUUGCCCGGACCACAGUGCCGCUCCUCAUGCAGGUGCCACCGAGUGCCGUUGCGACACUGGCUACUACCGCGCUCAUAAGGAUCCUCGGAGCAUGCCAUGUACCCGUCCUCCAAGCAAGCCACAGAAUGUCACAGCUAAUGUCAUGGAUCAGUCCACGGUCAUCCUGUCAUGGCAGCCCCCUGUCAAUGACGGCGGACGCACUGACAUCCUCUACAGGGUCAUCUGCGAUGUUUGCAGUAAUCUGGUGUCCUACAAUCCACCCCAGAUUGCAGAGGAGAGCUUUAACACAACCCAAGUCACCAUCAGUGGCCUGUAUGCGGUAACCACCUACAGGUUUCAGGUCUUUGCAGAGAAUGGGGUUUCUGAUCAGGGUCGAGAUCCCCAGUAUGUUGAUAUAACUGUGACUACAGAGGCAUCAGUUCCAGCCAUGGUGGGCAAUGUACAUGUUACCAGUGUGAAAAGCACUGAAAUAUCCCUGGCUUGGGAUGCUCCCAAUGACCCAGAUAAUGAAAUUGAGAUGUAUGAGGUUCGGUAUUUUGUGCGUGGAAUGGAGAGCAAUUCAUCAAGUUUAUUAGCAACAAAGGAAGAGUCAUCUGUAGGUGCAUUAAGACAAAGAACAGAAUAUGGUUUCCAAGUGCGUGCCAAAACAGCCAAUGGCUUUGGCGAUUAUUCUCCUCCUAUCUACAAGAUGACAGGGCAAUUGCUUAGUCCAGCUUAUGUUGGUGAUGAAGACAAUACACAAGUGCGAAUCAUAGUGGGAGCCACAGUAGGAGCUUUUGUUGUUAUUGCAGUUAUCAUCGGCAUGACACUGUUAUUCUUGAGAAGAGGGACAGAUGAAUGUAAUAAGAAGCAGCCAUCAGAUUGUGACACCCUAGAAUAUCGCAAUGGUGAAGUGCACGGUGUUUUGGAAAACCCACCCAUAGUCCAAACCCACAUCACCGGAAGUAUGACAACUCCUCUCUUCACACAAGUAGGGCACCACCGGACGUAUAUAGACCCCCACACAUAUGAAGACCCAAAUCAAGCCAUAAGGGAGUUUGCACGGGAGAUAGAUGCCUCCUACAUCACCAUUGAGGCCAUUAUUGGAGGUGGAGAAUUUGGUGAUGUUUGCAAAGGGAAGCUGCAGCUGCCAAGCCGGCCAGAGAUGACAGUUGCAAUCAAGACUCUGAAGCCUGGGUCUUCUGAGAAAGCUCGUGUGGACUUCCUGACAGAGGCGUCUAUCAUGGGUCAGUUUGAGCACCCUAAUGUCAUUUUCCUGCAGGGAGUUGUUACAAAGAGCAACCCUGUCAUGAUCAUCACGGAAUAUAUGGAGAAUGGCUCACUAGACCACUUCCUCAGGGUGAAUGAUGGUAAAUUCCAAGUUCUUCAGCUGGUUGGGAUGCUCCGAUGUAUUGCCUCAGGGAUGCAGUACUUAAGUGAAAUGAAUUAUGUACACCGUGACUUGGCUGCUCGCAAUGUUCUUGUGAAUGCUCAGCUAAUAUGCAAGAUCGCUGACUUUGGUUUAUCCCGUGAGAUUGAAAGUCACACAGAAGGCGCAUACACUACAAGGGGUGGCAAGAUCCCUGUACGAUGGACUGCCCCAGAGGCUAUUGCAUUCCGCAAGUUCACCAGUGCUUCUGAUGUAUGGAGUCUAGGCAUUGUGAUGUGGGAGGUGAUGAGCUAUGGAGAACGACCUUACUGGAACUGGAGUAAUCAAGAUGUCAUCAAGAGCAUUGAGAAGGGUUAUCGUUUACCGGCACCAAUGGAGUGUCCAGAAGCUAUCUACCAGCUGAUGCUGGACUGUUGGCAGAAAGAACGCAAUCAUCGUCCCAACUUUGCAUCAAUUGUGCGAACGUUGGACAGACUCAUCCGUACUCCUGAAGCACUAAACAAAGUAGCUCAGAACAGGUGUACAACAGCUCUGGGUCUUGACUCGGUGGACAUGACACAGCUCACAUCUGUGGAGGACUGGCUUGCUUCCAUCAAGAUGACCCGCUAUCUUGACAACUUCCAGCGGACGGGCUUGACUGACCUGGAAGCUGUGGCACGCCUGACACAGCACGACUUAACACAGCUUGGCAUUACCCUAGUUGGCCACCAGAAGAAAAUUUUGCAGAGUAUACACACCAUGCGCACGCAGCUUGCCGUCAACAUGUCCGAGGGCUUCCUGGUAUAGUGCCACUACUCUAACCCAUGCCAACAUUCGGCAUUCAAGUUAGGGUACAAGUAGUCAGGUGGGCUAAAUGUCCAGGUCCAGAGUGAAUGCGAUGUCCGAUGGUGCGUCAAAAGUUGGACCUGAAGGCCAUCGUCUACGUGAAAAUGUGAUAAUGAUCGAGGGAAAGACACUAAAAUGAAGCUUGAGUCCUGGGCAGGGUAGAGUGCAUUUUAUUUUAUUUUGAUUGCAAUAAUAUGAAAAAAAUUGUCCGUCACAAAGAACCCUCUCUUUUGCCCAUUAGCUCAAGGAAACCCUCACCCCAGGAUACAGCAAGCGAACUGUUAGAAAACGUGGUUGAUUGCAACCAGAGACUGUUGUUUUGGGAUUCUGCAAGUGCUCCCAACCCUCUCCUUCUUGUGAUAUUUUCAUGGCCAAUGGUGUGUUGGAGACAGAACUGUGGUGCGCAUGUGUGUGGUGUAUGGACAGAACGACGAACAGCUGUAAAUCAACUCCUGCGAGAGCCCGUAUCUGCAUUAGGGUUGACAAGCAUGCCUGUCACUUCUGCGCGUUGUACGCCACUGGUUUGACCCUUAGUGUAAUUGUUGAUAUUCCAUUUGCUGCCAGACCUUAUUCUGCCAAAGUCUAGUAUUGGUGUUGUCCUUUCUACCCUUUGAUGAAAUCUCGGAGAAUGUUUCCCCAUUUCAGCUUCCGCAAGCGUCUCACUUUCUACUGAGAGAUUAUAAGUUGCCUGAUGUGGUGAAGCGCAGUGUAGUGUGUAUUAAAGUUGCUCAUGCACACGACUGAAAAUGGGAAAAAAAACUACUGGGUGAACGAAAAAAAACGUUAUAUAUAUAAUGAUGAUAAUAAAAGAGCUCUGCAAAAGGUUCUAAACAAAAAAGCUAAACUUUUAAAAAGCAGCUUUUUUCAAGGGGGAUUCUUUUUGAUAUAUUUGGAGGAUAUGAGUAUAUAUACUUAAAAAUGUUAAAAAAAGACAUUGCAUACUAGAAACAGCCAAGAGAUGAGAGAGAUCCUCCCUCCUUGACGCACAUAUCACUUUCCCAUCUUGUGAACAUCCGGCCAUUCCUCGCUCCCUUUCCUCCCUCCCUCCCAAAGGACCCGACACCGCUGUAGUCAUGUUGCCUCGUUGUUUGUCCGAGUAAGAAAAUGCAGUGCUGGUAAAUGGCUGGGUGGGUUGUCUCAUGAUCACAUUAAACAAAUAGGUUGUCCAGAAUGUGUCAUUGAAAUGUAAAGCUUGAGUGGAGAAAAAAAGCUAAAUCAAAUGGAAUAAGUUGUAUUUUAAACUCUUUGUUUUUUUGUUUUUUUUUUUAAGAAAAUACAUAAUAUCGAAAGAUAUUUUUUUAGUAAAAGUCGUCACAAUUCCAACUGAGGUGUUAAAGCCUGUAUCACUCGACCAUGUUACUAACACCGCAAGAGAGCUCGGCCCUCCUCAGUGUCUGUCCAAUCACCUCAAGGCAUCACUCUGCCCCCUUCUUGCACAGGUUAUCCAUAUCAUUUAAUGUUUACUUUCCCAAUCAAUGAUUUUAAAAAGAAAAUAGUGUUGUCAAUAGCGUUGCAAUAUUCACAAAUGAUAUUGUAGCCUGGUUUUAGUCACGACAUUGUUUCCUUUGAUGUUAACCACUUGUAUUUCCUUGCCUCUCCUUCUUCCCUUUUUUAGCCACCUGAUAAUUUGCCAAAAACGACCAAGUGCAUGUUAGUGUAUUCCUGUGUACUGUUGUUAGCAGAAGCCUGUGUUUUUGGGAACGUGUGUGAUGACUAGAUAAUCAAAAUUUUUUGUAGAUCCUGUUUAGUAUUAGAAAGAAGUUUCUACAAAAGCACCAAGCAAUACAACUCACUGAUAUAAGAAUGUGUUACUAGCUGUAUUGUUACUGUCAAACUAAUGAGUAACAAUCAAAAAAACAUCCUUAACCGUUUAGCUAGAUAUUUUCAUACAUCACACUUCAUAAUAAUUAUAGAAGGAAAAAAAAAAAGUAGAAUCUAAGUCCCAAAGAUGGAGGAAGGAAGGUGUGAGUAUUCCUAGGGAAGUUCCGUGUGUGAUAAUUUUGGAUUCUUGUAUUUUGGAAAGGGGAGGGAGACGAUGUGGUAAAGUGGUCCACAUCCCUUGUGCCAGAGUGGGCCACUGGUCUUCACAUUCCACACCCUCUCAGUUAAGGUUCCAUGUCAGGGCGUUUGCCAUUAGAAUUGUUCCUAUUAAGAUGUAAUUCAGCUUGCAUAAAGUUUUUAGCCAAUCAUUUCAAGUAGCUUCCAAAAAAGUGGUCUUCGAUUUGCAGUUUUCAGUUGCUGCAUUUUUCGUCGUGAACGGUGCGUGCGUAGGUGUCUGCUUUUAGACCUUUCGGUUACAGGGGAUUUUUAAUUUUCUGAUGAAGCCUCAGGGCGACCACUUUCACUGCCUCAUCGACAGUUCCGAGAAUCAAGCAAUCGUCCAGGGCAGCGCAGUGGAAGCAUUAGGGCUUUUUGGAGGAAGGCCACAGGACAGAUGACACUGAAGGUUAACUUAGAAAGAAAAAAGGUGUGAUGGAGAGGGACAAAUGAGGAGUUUCUGAAAGAGAAAGGCUACCGACAGUUUGUUCUCAUAUUGUAUGCGCAAAUUAUUAUUUUUUUUGAAGCACGAUUUAUUCCUUCUUUGGUGCAGAUUUUUAUUAUUAUUUUUCUAUGUCACAGCAAGGUGCGGUUGGUUGGUCAAGGAGGCUAGGUCACUGUUGGCAAAAUCGAGCCCUCCCCCUCGGCAAGUCCAAAUGCUCCCACAGCUGUUGUUUUGCUUUGUGGCAAAUUCCCUGACAGACCUCAAGAGACGUGUCUUAUUUUCUUACUGAUGUAGUCUCACAAUUACUUUGAUAUAUGUCUUCUAUUACCAUUACUAUCAUAAUCAGCGGCAUAUUCUCCAGCAACUUCCCAUGACUGUUUGGGAAACUUUCAACUCAAAGAUGCUGUGUAUGCUAUAUACAGCUGGACAGUUACGUAUAACCAAUACACAUACAUACUCUUCGCAACCUUGGUGUAAACUGUUGAGAAGGCAACAAUCAAAAAUUCCAUUUUGCUAAAACCUAAAAAAGGAAAUGUUUUUGGAGUAGGAUGCCAGUCUUUCUCUUUAGUUUACUACUUGAAAGUCACAAAGAAAUCUGCAAAUGCCUUGAGCACGGAGGACAGCAUAGCGUAAUUGUUUUAUAUCAUUUUUAUUUAUUGAGCCAACGCAUUGCUAGAAGAGCAUAUGUUGUGUACUAUAAUGUUGUAUAAAGUUUGUAAAAUAGUCAAGAAAUAUUUUAUAUUUUUAGUUGGUAAGGAACGAGAUCUCCAAUUUUGAACUUUAAUUGUUCGAACAUGGAAUGUGAUUUGUUUUUAGUUUGCUGAAGAAAUGGAGGUGCCAAUAUGUGCAUCAUAGCGUCUGUGAAGCAAGGGAACUUGGGGGUUUAGUUGUAAGAAAAUUAGUUAUUCAAAUCCAAAGUCACUUAUAACACUGAUCCCUGGCCCUGCCCCUAAGAUCCUAAGUGUCAGCUCUUUUGUACAUAUAUGAUUCUGCAGGCAUUUUCUUAUACACAGAUCUUUUUGAAUAUUGUAACUGUGUCCCGUACUUUCAUUUUCUUUUUACUUGUAUGUAUGAUGAAUUUAGAUACACCUGGAAGAAUUUUGGGCUUUCUUUGCUAAUACUCAAAUGUUUUAAAACAAGUAAAGUUCAUAGUGAUUUUUUAAAUCAUAAAACUGCAAUAAUUUGUGAUUAGUCAAGAUCACAACCAAUGUCAUGUCAAUUACUGUAUUAUGUCAAUUUGCAGUUAAUUACUGUUUUUACUUUAUGUAUUUUACUCUUCUUUUAUUGAUUAUAUUUAUUAUCAUUAUUCCUAUGAUUGUCAACAUUAUCACUAUCAUUAUUAUUUUUUAUUAUUUUUUGUAAGCUUCAAAUAGUAACAGUUAUUCUAUUUGCAUUAGAAUGACGUCCUACGACUCCUCUCAAGCUAACAAGUUGGUAUGACUCGUAGAGACCCCAUAUGCAACAGCUGUAAAUUGUAGCUUUUUCCUAGUCAUAUAUAUUAUCCCUCCCUCCAGCCGCAGGGAGGUGGAGGGCAGCCAGAGCUUGGUUUGAUGACUCAGACAAAAUCUCUUCUGAAUCAAAAUAAAAUCACAUCACACCUGAGGAACCAAUGUUGCUGUGAUAUAAUCCAGCCAGAUCACUGUGAUUCCUCAUGAGUUUUUUAAUGUGGAGGAAACCCAAAUGCCGAGUCUGGACUUUGUGUCUGUCGACAUUAUGUGAGUUUUACUCAAUGCAGAGCCAUUUUGGAUCUUGACUGCAUCAUAUACCUAACCUGCCUGGCCUCCAUAGGGAAUGUAGGCCCCAGGAGCUUCAUGUGUCACAUUUGGCUUUACACUGUAGGUUUACAAUUUUAUUUUCAAGUGAUUACAAUGCGAUCCCAAGAACUCUUCAUGAGAAAUCCUGGAGCUUUCUUUCUCUCCUCCUCGGCAUAUUCUGCUGACAUGUUUGUAUUAUGUUUAUUCCUAACCUUCAGAGCAGUUGUAUGUGCAAGUUCUUUGUGUUCAAGAAACAAUAAAGUUUGACAGAAAUACGGGAAA